AUGUAUUUAAAAAGAUUAAAGAUGUUAAGAGUACAAUGGACCCUUAAGGACAACUUAACUGUAGUUACCAAAUUAGGAAUCCCUAAGCUCUCAAAGCUGAUUUCCAAUCUGGGGAAUGAGUAUAUGUCAGGAGAAAUAUUCAUGCAUUUUAUGAAUAGCCUAUUCAGGAAAGUCAGAAUAAACUCAAAUUACCAAUUUAGUCCGUGA